AUUACAUGCAAUAAUUCCAUAAAAUUAUUGUUAGCUUUUGACGCCAGCCGUAUGACAUUUCUGUAUAAGUUCCUCCAAUCACACGCGUUUCUGUCCAAAAAUCCCUCACAACCUUCUCAGAGAUACAAUCUUACUCUACUUUUCUAACCCAAACUAAGCAUUCCAUUCUCUGUUUUGAGCAACACUGAAAGAAAAUAUGGCUGCAGAGUUUCUUACUUUUGGUGCUGAGGGAAUUCUGACGAGGGCUGCUUCACUUGCAGAGCAAGAACUCAGUCUUCUCUGGGGAUUCAAAGGAGAGCUAACAAGUCUACGAGACUCAUUAUCCAAGUUGGAAGCUAUGCUAAGAGAUGCACAACAUUUACAAGUUCGGGGUGAGAGGGUGGAGAUGUGGGUGAAGGAUCUGGAAGGCAUAGCUCAUGAAGCUGAUGAUGUGUUGGACGAAUAUGAAUAUGAACUUCUCCGGCGGAAAGUGGAGAUCCAAAACCAGAUCAAGAAAAAGGUGCUCAACUUCUUUUCACGCCACAAUCCCAUCGCAUUUCGUCUCAAAAUGGCACAUAAAAUUAAAAACAUCAAUGCAUCUUUGGCAAACCUGAAGAAUGAGGCAGCUAGUAUUGGACUGGUUGAUAGGUCAACAUUGGUCAAUGCAACAUCUCAUGAUAUUGGAGGACUUGACAGGGAAACCGUCUCAAACUUUGAUCAAGAUGAAAAGGACAUUGUUGGAAGGACGGAGGUUGCGUCGGACAUAGUUACAACCCUGAUCAACUCUGGCAAGAACCAAGAGAAUUAUCUUUCUGUUAUGGCCAUUGUGGGGAUGGGAGGCUUGGGCAAGACAACUUUGGCUAAAUCUGUAUAUAAUGAUCCUGAGAUAGGUAGACACUUCGAUCAAAAAAUAUGGGUAUGUGUAUCUACUCCUUUUGAAGUCAAAAAGAUUUUAAGCGAGAUCUUGGAAUGUCUUAAACCAGAGAAAGCUGGGAUAAAGGGUAAAGCAACAAUAUGUGAAAACCUGCAAGAAGAUUUGAAAGGGAAGACAUAUCUUCUCGUGCUUGACGAUGUUUGGAACGACGAUCGUAACAAAUGGGACGAUUUGAUGAGUUGCUUGUUGAAUGCUACAAGCACUAAAGCAAGCAAAAUCCUUGUCACUACUCGCAAUGUGAGUGUUUCAUCAAUUGUACAAACACUUCCUACAUGUGUUCUGGGAAAAUUAUCGGAGGAUCAAUGCUGGUGCAUAUUGAAGUAUAAAGCGUUUUUAGAUACGAGUGUUGUUUUGACUGAAGAUCAAGAGAGAAUUGGAAGGGAGAUUGCCAAAAAGUGUGCAGGUGUACCAUUAGUGGCAAAGGUUUUGGGAAAUAUGAUGCGUUCUCAAGAUAUUGAUGGAUGGCGGUCAAUUCUAGAAAGUAGAAUAUGGGAUUUACCAGAAGGAGAAGAAAGAAUCUUGUCAGUUUUGAAGUUGAGUUUUGAUAAAUUGAAAUCACCAUAUUUGAAACAAUGUUUUGCAUAUUGCUCAAUGUUUGUCAAAGAUUUCCAAAUUCAAAAGGAUGACUUGAUCAACCUUUGGAUGGCUCAAGGAUUGCUUUACCCUUCUCCUCCCAACAGACGUAAUCUAGAGAUGGAGGAUAUAGGAAAUGAAUAUUUUAAUAUUCUAUUGAACAACUCUUUCUUUCAAGACGUUGAAAAGGAUUGGUAUGGUAAUAUUACAAGUUGCAAAAUGCACGACCUUGUGCAUGAUCUCGCAGAACAUGUGUCAAAACGGAAGAGCAAUAACUCCAAUGAGACUCGACAUAUGACACAUAUUCCUACCUCAGUGCUGCAAGGAGUUCCAGAAAGAAGUGCUCAUAAAUUGCGCUCACUUUUCUUGAAUGUUGAAGUUCUUGGUGAUAUCUUACCGAAUUUUAGAGGUUUGCGUGUCUUAAAUUUAUAUCAAGCUGAUAUUAAGGAGUUGCCAAUUGCUAUUGGAAAGUUGAAACACUUGAGGUAUCUGGAUGUUUCCUAUACAAAUAUCAAAGCACUCCCCAAAUCCGUUGGAAAGCUUUAUAAUCUACAAACAUUAAGAAUGGAAGGGGUCGAGCUUGAAGAGUUUCCAAAAGAACUGCAAAAUUUGAUAAACUUGAGACAUAUUUAUUUUUAUCCGUAUGAUAUGAAAUUUCCCGCAGGAAUGGGGCGAUUGACCAAUCUCCGAACAUUACAAUAUUUCAUUGUGGGUAAGGAGACAGGUCGUGGAAUAGAGGAGCUGGCUGGCUUAAACCUGUUAAAAGGCCAAUUAUAUAUCAGUAAUCUAGAGCACAUGAGAGAUGGAGAAGAAGCCAAGAAAGCAAAAUUAGUGAAGAAGACAAACAUAAGCAAGUUAAAGUUUCAGUGGGCAGAGGAUAGGUCAAGCAUCACCAAUGAUGAAGAGGUACUAGAAGGCCUUCAACCACACCCUAGUAAACUAGAAUUUUUACAACUUUUCAACUUCAUGGGCGAUAAAUGUCCAUCAUGGAUCAUGAGUAGUUCGUUUCCUGUAUUGAAAAGGUUAAAGAUUUACAACGCUAGGAACCUAACUGAAUGGCUAGAAAGUGGGAUAGUGGUCUUUCCUUGCCUCGAGGAGCUGGUUUUGAGGAAUUGUGAUAAAUUGAGAAGUGCUCCUAGCCAUUUCCCAUCUCUCAAGACGUUGAAGAUACAUUCCAUGGGUAGCGGCAUGCCAAUAGCAAACAUAAGCAAUAAGCUGACCACUCUUACUUCGCUCACAAUAAGGAAGAUAAGCGGACUUGUUUCUCUGCCAGAAGGGAUGCUAAAAAACAACAAGAAUCUUACAUACUUGGAGAUAGAAGAUUGUCAAGAGCUAACUCGUAUUGCUUCUCCUGAUGUAGUUGGCUCUUGCGCACUUCUUGAUUCAGUGCGUAUUUCCAAUUGUCCUAUUCUUGCUUAUUUGCCGGAUGGGCUACUCACAACAUCUCUUAAGAAACUGGUUGUACAAGAUUGCAAUGGUCUACAGUUGCUUCCAGUUACACAGGCCCUCCCAUCCCUCUGCAAAUUAGAGAUUACAGGCUGUCAGGAGUUGUCAAGUCUACCGAGUGGGUUAGAUUAUUAUACCUCUCUUCAGGAGUUGGCAAUAUCAAAUUGUGAUAUGCUAACAUCCGCUUUGAUUCACAGCCUCCCAUCCCUCCGGAAGUUGUCAAUAUUUGGUUGCAGCAUGAGUCCAGAGUCUGUUCCAAGUUUACUCGGCUUUACAUGCCUUCGUGAAUUGAGAAUCGAAGAUUCCCAUGGAUUGACAAGUCUGCCAAUAAGGCUAGAAUCAUGUUCUUGUCUUGAGGUGUUGAGAAUAAGCAAGUUGCCGAAUGUAGAAUCUAUUACAAGUUUAGACAACCUCACAAACCUCCAGGAAUUGGGGAUAUUUUCUUGCGAUGGAUUGAAAAGUCUACCCAGUGGAUUAGCAAUAACAUCCUGCCUCAACCACUUGAAGACAUUGGAAAUCGGUGGCUUUUGGAAGGAGCUCGAUUCAUUCCCUGCUUUUCAGGUUACAUCACAACUUAAAACAUUAAAGUUAUGGGGUUGGCCUAAACUCAAGUCUCUGCCUGAACAAAUUCAACACUUCACUUCUCUAACAUUUUUCAAAGUGGAAUCCUUUGACGGAAUGGAGGCUCUUCCAGAGUGGUUGAGAAACCUUACAUCUCUUAAGUACUUGGAUAUAUAUUAUUGCAAGAAUAUGAUGUAUCUACCUACACUCGAAGCUAUGCAAUGCCUCACCAAAUUAGAACGCAUAUGGAUUUUGCAUUGUCCCCUUCUAAAAGAGAGAUGCAACAAGAAGAGCGGCUCAGAAUGGCCUAAGAUUUCUCGUAUUCCAAGAAUAUAUGUUGACCACGUACGGUUGUAGCUACCAGAUUCAAUAGUCUGAGAAAGUAUCAUCCUGAAAUGCGAAAUAGUUGAAAGUGGUGUGAAUUGUUGUUGAGAAAAUGAUCCUCAACUCAAGUCACUGAGUGACUCUGCUUCUAAAGUGCUGGUGUGGAGAGUUGAUUGAAGAAAAGGUCUCCCUUCCCUACAGCCUACAGCCUACAGCCUACAGGUAGGGUCUAUUGUUAUUUUGGCAUAAUUUGGAGGUGGGUUUUUUAUUUGUUACCUGAAGGAACAUUUUUUGUAAUGGGAGCAAACAGAGUCCAGUAAGGUUGUUGGUUUCUCUUGUGUUGUGAAGGUAUUCAAAAGCUCUCCAAUUUCUACAGGUAUACAUUCCACUCUGUAUUUUUAAAUCUUAAGGAAAAAGAGUACACAAAUUUGUUUCCUCUUUGGGCUUGCUAUUAUAGAACAUCUUUUACGUAUGUGAAAUUCAGGCCCGAUCAAAGAGACAGAUCACCGGUCCACUAUGACCAACACUAAUUUUUAAGGAACCUACAAACCCUAACAAGUGGAAAUUUUUAUAUUAGUAAUGAAAACAUUCAUUAUAUAUUGUAUUUUAAUUUGUCAAAUUCUGUGUCCAAAGAAAACUAAAAAUUUAUUUAAAAUUUAACAUGGGUGUCCAAAGAUGGAUUUUGGAUACAAAUGUGAGCUUCCUAACAUUUAAAGCACCAAGCCCAACAACCCAAGAACCAGCAUCCUAUCUUAUUGCUCCACUCUCUUUCCCUUUUUUUGGCUGCUGAUUUUCGCACUCUGUUUUUGUCCACUUACCUUUUGGUUUUUAUAAGUGUAAUCCAAGAAUCAGCAUCCAAGUGAACAAAAGAGAAGUGAAAAAAUCAACUCUUUUUAUUCUUAUUUUUAAUUUUUUAUGUAUUUCGUAUUUAUGUUACACAUCAGAUUGCUAAGAAUUUCUUGUUUUAGAAUGUGCAACUCAAGUAAACUGCUAUGCAACAAAAUCAGAAGCUUUUUUAUUUUGUUUUAAGCUAGACAAAAUUUGUGACGUUUUAGAUUAAUCACACACCCUAUUGAUUUGGACAUAAUGUGGUAUUAAUAACAGGGGGUCGUCUUUUCUUGUCAGUUUUUGGAAAGAAAAAAAAUGCUUUUCAAUUAUAUACUCAGAGUGUUCCAAUAGUUUUCUGAAAGAAAAAAAUGCUUCAUCUGUUUCAUUUUCUCUCAUCCAAUGAGAUCAGAUUGGCAUCUGAACAAGUAGAACCUGUUAAGGACCUCCACAAGUUGCACCAAUGGAUUGAAAAUCAAGGCUUGAUACAGACUGCAGGGACAAAUGCUCCAAGGCCAAAUGGUGGAGCUCUUGAAUUUCUUUGAAUUUGUUGUUGUUGGAGAUGAAUGUGAUGGAGCGAAACCAUUUCCUGACCCUUUCGCAUUUGAGGAUUCUGUUUCAGGGGUGAAAGCUGGAGUAGCAGCUGGAAUGCCAGUAGUGGCCUUCGUUAUUGAAGAGACUUUGAGGAGACAAAAUUGUGGGAAGCACUGGAAGAGAUUGAGAGGAAGGCAGAGUAACAACAGUUGCAACUUGAAAUGGCAAUCACAUAUAAGCUUUUCUAUUUCUGUUCCUGUACUGCUUAGUCAUUCGGACACCCCCGGUGGAAUUUAUUUGUUCGUUGUAAAUUUUGAGAUAAUACGCAUAAUUAGUGAAAUUGAGGGCCAUAACGAGAAAAUUUUACAGAUGUGAAAUUGAUUGUUUGGAAUUGGGAUGGGAUUAUAUUUAGUUGCAGGUCCUGGUGGUUAAAGUAAAUUCACAAUGUAAGUUUCCUGUAAAAAUCUGGAAUUUGAUAAUAAUUAAGAUUCUCGUGAUAAACGGUUCA